AUCGUAUAGCGUAUAUGCGUUCGCUCUCUAUCCCCGCUAACACACUGCUAUAAUGCCCACUAUUUGAUACCGGCUUUCUCGUUUGUUUACAUCGUCGCGCCACCUCCGCCGCCGACGUCUGCACUGCGGAUGACGCGCCGAACAAAAGCAGGAACCGAGAUGAAGACAGCUUUAGGCGUAGUCAAAUUGAAAAUGGAACCAAUUUAUGGAGACGACCCGUCAGAACCGGCGGCAGUGUCCACCCUAUGUGCUAAAUGUGAGUGCACAAUUGCAGAUAGGUAUAUUAUGCGUGUAUCCGGUCGAUCUUAUCACGAACGGUGUCUUAAGUGCACGACAUGUGCGUUGAAGCUAGAUCGGUCGUGUUUUGUGUGGAACGCAAAAUUAUACUGCCGUCAGGAUUAUGACAAAUGUGUAUACCGUAGUUGUGGCAGUUGUGGUGAUCAUAUCGCUGCUGGUGAAUUGGUAAUGCGGGCAGGCGAGUGCGUUUUCCAUGAACAGUGUUUUGUGUGCGUAGUGUGCGGUAUACGUCUAUGCACUGGUGAUCAGUAUGUAAUAAAGCAUUCUCAGCUAUUUUGUCGUCCAGAUUAUGAGAAAGAAGUGAACAUGAUGAGAGAUGAAAUCAACCGAAACACUGGAGAAUGGAGUUAUAACCACGAUGGUCGCCGUGGACCUAAGCGCCCCAGAACGAUUCUCACUACCCAACAACGGCGUGCGUUUAAAGCAUCAUUUGAACUAAGCCCAAAACCAUGUCGAAAAGUUAGAGAAGGGCUAGCGCAUGAUACAGGCUUAAGCGUUCGUAUUGUCCAGGUUUGGUUUCAAAACCAAAGAGCAAAAAUGAAAAAGAUUCAAAAAAAAGCAAAACUUAAUAGCAACAAUUUAGUUGCCUCGUCCAAUAAUAAUAAUGGAAAUAAUAAUUGUAGUGGUGCUGAAAGUGGUAAUUCGUGUAGUUCGAGUGGACUUUUACAAUCAACUAUAAAAGACGAACAAUACAGUUCUGAUGGUUGUGAAGAUGGCGUAUCCGGAAGGUUCGAAACUCAACAACAAGAAUCCCACAGACAACCUCAGCAACAAAUGCAUGAGUCUUUUCACAUACGACACCAAUCUUCUGCUGUUGUAAAACAAGAUUCUAUGUCAUCGUUUUUACAACAACAGCCUUUUGGUAUAUUUGGUCAAGACUUGAACAACCGCCAGGAACCAAAUUACUUAACGCCAGAUAUUAUGAUACCUAAACAUAUUUAUGGUGGUUUCGUAUCACAGGAGACUGUUAUACGUUGUGGCUCAAAUCCAAUCGAUCGGUUGUACUCAAUGCAAGCAUCAUAUUUUUGUAAUAAUAUAUCUGAUGACGCAAGUUCAUUACAAUUAGACGAACACCAAUAAUAAACAAUUUAUAUAUUACCUA